GUGGGAAGUGCACGAGCACAAGGAAAUGUUCUCUUGAACCGCGUUCUAUCUUCAGAAGAACUAGUUGAGGAGUUUGUUUGUAGAAGGAGUGUUUUGGACUUCGAGCUCGGCAAUUAGACAAUACUAUCGUAUUGUUGUGGUAGCGUUAUUUGAUCGAGGAGCAGGACGGUUCGGACACUUUAGUCCGCUUGAGUUUCUAAAGCACUAAUGGUAUCGCCGUGCCAUUUAGGAGGGGUGUGACUUGUUUUUCGCGAAGGGUAGGAGGGUGUCAGACGUCGUGGAUGACCGAAAAUACAAGGAUGCUGUUAUUUCAGCCAAAACACAGAAUGGCUAGGUGCCAGCCUGCUUCCAAGUAAGUGGACCGCUGUCACCCUCAAGGAAAGGAGUUUUCCUCACAUCGACAACGGCGUAUUCGGGGUCUUGUGUGCCCUGGAAAGCUGCGAAUUCAACGUCUUAACAUCAGAUAUGAACACCGGUGGCGAGUGACUGAGCGAUGAAGAGUCCGGUGCACCGGUGCAGGGACGUGGAGCGGCAGGCGAGCAACCUGCAGCUGGAGACGCGCGUCCCGCCACCGCGCCUGAUCGACCGCGGCAACGCCGAUGCCAUGUGGUUCGUCCGCGAUGCGUGCGGCAUCGUGUGCGCAGUGAUCACCUGGUUCCUGGUGUUCUACGCGGAGUUUGUGGUGCUGUUCGUCAUGCUGCUGCCGUCCAAAAACCUGACCUACAGCCUCAUCAACGGGGUGGUCUUCAAUGGACUGGCUUUCCUCGCCUUGGCGUCACACUUCAGGGCAAUGUGCACAGACCCCGGAGCAGUGCCAAAAGGAAACGCCACCAAGGAGUUCAUCGAGAGCCUCCAGCUGAAACCCGGUCAGGUGGUCUACAAGUGCCCCAAAUGCUGUAGCAUCAAACCCGACCGGGCCCACCACUGCAGUGUCUGCAAAAGAUGCAUUCGCAAAAUGGACCAUCACUGUCCGUGGGUUAACAACUGUGUUGGAGAAAGCAACCAGAAGUACUUUGUGCUUUUCACAAUGUACAUCGCGUUAAUCUCCUUGCACUGCCUGGUGAUGGUGGUACUCCACUUCCUCUACUGCUUUGAAGAUGAUUGGACAAAGUGCAGCACCUUCUCCCCGCCGGCGACUGUCAUCCUCCUCAUCCUCCUCUGCUUUGAGGGCCUCCUCUUCCUCAUCUUCACCUGCGUGAUGUUUGGCACACAGGUCCAUUCCAUCUGCUCAGAUGAGACAGGCAUAGAGCAAUUGAAAAAGGAAGAGAGAAGAUGGGCUAAAAAAACUAAGUGGAUGAACAUGAAGGCGGUAUUCGGACACCCCUUCUCGAUAGCAUGGUUUAGCCCUUUUGCCAAGCCAGGCCAUGGGAAGGCCGACCCGUACCAGUAUGUGGUCUGAACCAUUUUUGGGGGGUGAGGGGACAAAAAAACAACAACAACAAAACAAAGCCAGAAGGCCCGUCGAUGGUCCCCGGCCAGCACUACGUAACAGACUUUGGUGCACUGGCGCCUCUCAGCUCUCCUCACUCCACCCUGCCCACCCUGCUCAACCCCACCUUAACCCUCCUGUCUCUCCACAUUUCUCCUGACGCCUGUCGGCUCCUCCUAACGUGAUUGUACUGUAUGUCCAGCCUCUGUCAAUUGUAAAGCCGACCUCUUUGGCAACAGCAGCGCUUCCCAUAGGAAAUGUCCCUUUUCUAUGGUGCUACUUACUGUACCUACCUAAGGGGUGAUGAAGGAGAUAUUGAAGAAGAAGAAAAAACAAACUUGCCAGUUUUGCCUUUUUAUCUUUAUUUUGUAUUGGGUUUUGUAUGUUUUUAAACAAUGUUUCUUGAUCUGACAAGCUCUUCUUUUUUUGGCUCCUUUCUGUCACCGUCUUAUAGGGUGCAUUCCAAUAUGCAGACUCCUAUUCUCCACUUGUGCUUGUGGCCUUGGCCCGCCUCCGUGGAGAAAACAAUAAAGUUUCCCAGCUGUCAGCUUAGCCACAACAACUUUUGGGGGACUGUCUUUCAUUCACCAUCCAGUUUGCAAAUGAGAAAAUGACUUAACAAUUGAGCUUUUGCAAGAUAUUGACAUACAAUGCGGUUGUCAGUGAUGUCAUCACGACGUAUUAUUUCCUGGUACGAGGCCACAAGCACAAGUGGAGGACACAAGAUUGCAUAUUGGAACGCACACAGAGUGUCUCUUUUCCUCUGUUCACAUCCCUCUCUCCAUUGCCCUGUCAUUGAAGGCAAUCCUCCUCCUCCUUCUCCUCCUCCCCUCCACUACAUCUUUCUCUUCCUGGGUCUGUUGGACCUGCAUCUAGUAACUUUAAAUGCAAAAUGCCUGGGUCGACUUGAUAAAAGAAGCCUUUUUGUGUUUGAGUGGGGUGGUGGUGGUGGCAUUUUUGCAUGAGUCUGUUUGACCUGUGUCUACUAGUAACGAAAAAGCAAAAUGCCUGGGUCAACUUGAUGUAAUUAGCCUGUCAUUGUGUUUGAGUUGGUUGAUGGUGAGGGUGACAUUUUUGCAUGGAUUACCUCUAGUUAUGUAUAUUGUUGUGAAGGAAACUCAUUCCUCAUCAUGUCUUCGUGAGAUGGAUGAGGAAUCACUGGGAAGAGGAUUGCAUCUGUAGUUUAUGCCCUGAAAAGGGCAUAGUCAUAUCAGCAGCAGCAAGUUACUCCCAUUUUGGAGUACAGUUUGGCAAUAUGCCAGAUUGAGGCGAGAGUUGCACCUUCUUCUUUUUUUGCACAUCUUGGGGAAAUUAAGUUUUUAGUUUUAUAAUGACAGAAGCAUCUGGAAACAUGUGAACUGAGGGAAGGAUUGAGCCAUCACAACCUGAUCUCACAGAAUUCUGUGUCAGUUUCAUAGAUUUUUGCCAAAAUUCUGUGUUGGGGGUCACAUAAAUAGUUUCCGCCGUGAGUGACUCACGGAAGUGCUUUUUAUAUGUUCCUACAGCACUAUGUUAAGUAUAUCAUUAGAAAAAUGACAAACCGGUGCGGUGCCAACCUUUUUCAGUUGGUCAAUACCAAAUUCAAAUACUACCGGGAAAAACAAAAGAAUGCUGUUGCAAUUUAAGUAGUGCCCAGACCAAAGCAAUGCCUAACCCUAACUUGUCAGUAAAAAAAAUGUUCAUCAGAAAUACCUUCUCCACUCGGUUGAUUGGCUACCAAAUUUUUGUUUUUAAUGAAAGAAUGUUGGCAGUAUCUGUGCCCAGAUGAAAACAAUCCCUAACCCCAACCAGUUGAGGGAAUAUAGAGAAAGCACUUCCAUGCCCCCAUCAUAGAAUUUUGGCAAAAUCCGUGAAACUGCCACUGAUUUUGUCACAAUGGUCCCUAUUAAUUUCACAGAAUUUUGUGAGAUUGUGUUGGUCAUCAUGUUUUUUUUUCAUUGGGCCUAAUAUUAUUUUAAUAAUAUAUUAUGUUUUAUAUGUUGUACAUUUAAAAGGACAAUCUGUUGACCUUGUUCUGUUACAAUUUUAUUACAUUAAUGAUAUUUAAGAAAACAACAACAACAAAAAAACGCAUGUUCAUGUUCAUAUAACACAGAUUGUUCUUCUGUUCGUCUUAAUGUGCGUAAUACCGAGACUACCUUGAUUUUAUUGAAAGUAGCUCUUGCUGCACAAUCACCUGUGAGAUGGCUUCCAGUACUGCUUUUAUAUUGCCGUUUUUAUUCUCUGUGUACAGUAUACAAAUAUCAAACAAUAAAUCAUGAACAUGAUUGGUUUACGUGUAACCGUGUCAGUAUUUUCAU